AAUGACAUAAUUCCAUUAGUAUCCACUAAAAACGACGAGCAGUAAAUUUUUCAACAUAACAUACGCGAAGAAAAAUUUAAAAAUAGUUGGUAAAAUUAAAGUGAAUUCAAUUUUAAAUAUGGCAAAAGAAAAGAAUAAAUAAAAUUUUUUAAUUUUUAUAUAAUUGCUUCUAAAAGAUGAUCAAAUUUAAAGAAAAAACAAUAAAUUAAAAAGUUUUCUGCAGGCGUCGGAAAAAGGUGGUGGUGUCACCAACAAGAAAAAACAUAAAAACGAACAACAAGCUAAAAAAGAAACGAUAAACGAACAAAUUAGUACGAAAGAAAAAACAGAGUGCAAAAAUAAAAAAUUUUAAGAAGAAAAUAAAAACGACAAGAGCAAAAAUAGUGAGAUAUCAGAAAAAACGUAAGAAAGGAAAAGGCCAAAAAUAAGAAGCAGCAAAAAGAGUAGUGUACCACCUCUUGUGAAGAAUUUUACAAAAUAAAAUUAGUUUUUACAUGAAUAUUGAAAAAGUCCAAGUGAAAUUUCAACAUAACUUAAAUGAAUUAACUGAUCACUCAGCCAGAGAAUUAUUCAUCAUCCUGCGAGCAGUUUGCCUGUGUCGGCAAAAUCAAUUUGUAGUGGCAACUUAGUAAGACGGUAGCACUCACUACUGCCCUAAAAUUUGGCCGCAAUUGCCUCAAAAAGAAAAGUGUCGUUAUCGUUGCCACCCAACAACACGUUAAAUAAAUUGCUAAAUUUAUUAUUGUGACACCUUUUCCACAACUAUUUUUUCUUCUUUUGCUGUUGCUUCUUUGCUUUUUCUAACGAGUAUUUGCAUCUGUUUGUAAUAAAUAAAUAAAUAAAGACGCAAAUAUAAGGAUCAAAUCGAAUUCUUUAGAAGAAAAUCACAAAAAAACCUCAAUCGAAAAUUAUUAUAGUGUUCAGGACAGUUCAGAUAUUAAAAAAUGGCGUACAGAAAACCGAAUGAUUUGGAUGGUUUCAUACAGUUGAUGCCAAAGGCAGAUAUGCGUGUUAAGGCGCUAUUAGCAGAAGAUCUAGUUACAUUCCUUAGCGAUGAUACCAAUUCGGUAGUGUGCAUGGACAUGGGCAUGUUAGUCGAUGGUCUAAUGCCCUGGUUGACAGGGAGUCAUUUUAAAAUUGCACAAAAAUCGUUGGAAGCAUUUACGGAACUUAUAAAAAGGCUGGGUCCUGACUUCAAUGCCUACACCGCAACAGUUUUGCCGCAUGUGAUCGAUCGUCUCGGCGACAGCAAAGACACAGUACGCGAGAAGGCUCAAUUAUUACUGCAAACAUUAAUGGAACACAAAGUUCUUACACCUCAGGUUUUGCUUGACAAAUUAGCGGCCAGUUGUUUUAAACAUAAAAAUGCAAAGGUUCGUGAGGAGUUCCUGCAAACAAUUGUAAAUACGCUUAAUGAGUACGGAACAUCGCAGUUGAGUGUGCGUAACUAUAUUCAGUCAAUAUGUGUGUUACUUGGAGAUCCUACUGUAUCAGUUCGUGACACUGCUAUACAAUCAUUAGUCGAAAUAUACAAACAUGUUGGUGAUCGUUUGCGGCCUGAUUUGCGCCGAAUGGAUGAUAUGCCAGCAUCGAAGUUGGCCAUAUUGGAGCAGAAAUUUGAUCAAAUCAAAGGUGAGGGUUUGUUACUAAAGUCGGCAAUGCUUGUAACUCAGACACAAAAUAAUAACAAUAAUGGCCAUGAUGAGGCCGACAACGUCGCAGCUCGUGAACGUCCCACAAAAAUUGUUAAGCGUACUGUUUCUGCUACUAUGCGCUCGAAAAAUAAUAUCGCUGCUGAGAGUGCAGCCGAUGCUGGAGCAGUCACCAUGGAAAUCUUUGAGGCUUCAUUCGAGGCAGUGCCACAGUUAAAUAUAUUUCAUCCCAAAGACAUGGACGACAUUUACAGAAAUAUAUUGUCAAUAAUCAGCGACAAGAAUUAUGACUGGGAGAAACGUAUCGAUGCUUUGAAGAAAAUUCGGUCGCUUCUAAUAUUAAAUAUACAGUCACAGCCUCAAUUCUUUACGGUUCAGUUAAAAGAACUUUCGAUAUCAUUUUUAGAUAUUUUGAAGGAAGAGCUGCGUUCACAAGUAAUUCGAGAGGCUUGUAUUACGAUUGCCUUUUUGUCUAAAACACUUCACCAAAAAUUGGACAAAUUCUGCGAGUACAUUUUAGAGCAAUUAAUACUUCUGAUUCAGAAUUCGGCUAAAGUCAUUGCAUCGUCUUCAUUACUUGCAUUGAAAUAUAUAAUAAAAUAUACACAUGCCCCUAAGCUUAUCAAAAUAAUUACGGAAACAUUGCAGAACUCUAAAUCGAAGGAUAUUCGUUCAGCUCUAUGCGAAAUUUUGUGUUUACUGUGUGAUGAGUGGCCGACUAAAGCAAUGGAACGAAGUGCUCCUCUUUUACGUGACAUAAUUAAGAAGUCUAUGAGCGAUGCCGACAGUGAAGCACGACGACAUUCGCGUCGAGCAUAUUGGGUGUUCCGUAGACACUUUCCAGAUUUGGCUGAUCAAAUCUACGGAACUUUAGAUAUUGCUGCACAAAGAGCACUUGAAAGAGAAAGAGAUGGUGGAGGUGGCGGAGGAGGUGGUGGAACAGAAGAAAGGAGGGCCACCGUUGCAACGGCUUCGCGUAUUCAGCGCUCUCCAGGUGCACUUCAGAAACCUGCUCCCGGUAUGCGUAGUGUAUCAGCCGUAGAUACAGCAGCAGCACAACGUGCCAAAGCGCGUGCUCAAUACGCAUUUAUAGCACGUAAAAAAGCCGCAAACACCGGUACGUCUACUACAAGUAGUGCUGCAACAGGAUCUCUGCCUCGUCCGCGAACAGGCGCUGGUCAACAACAAGCAACGACUCAAUCAACUGUAAAUAGCGGAAUUUCGCCUCGAGCUCGUGGAAGAGCAGGAGUAUCUCAAUCACAACCUGGAUCUAGAUCCACCUCUCCAAGUUCGAAGUUGCGCGAACAGCAUGUUAUUGGAUCAUAUUAUAGGCCAACUGGAACAAUUCCAAAAAAAGCUUCGGGCAUUCCAAGAUCUUUGGCCAGUUCUAGAGAGACGAGUCCUACAAGAGGCGGAGGUGGUGGAGGUGUUAUCAUGAAGAGAAGUAUGUAUACUACCGGCAAUUCUCGUCGUACUCCGGAGAGAAAUCAACCAACCCGGCAACUGGCUGCUGCUAGAUUGCUUCAACAAAGUAGAGAUGCUGAAAAUGCUCUUGCUGAUGCCUUAUCUCCUGAUGGCAGUGGAGGAGAUUACGCAUCAAUGGGUGAUUACGGUCGUGAUCGUGGUGGUUAUUCGGCCGGUGCGCGUAUGGGACGAAAACUAAUGUCCCGCGAGGAAUCUGAUGAUUCCGAAGCAUCAUCUGUGUGUUCUGAACGUUCGUUUGAUUCCUCUUAUACCCGAGGCAACAACUCAAAUUAUUCCCUGUCGGGAUCCAGAAAUCGGUUGGACUGGAGUUGGGUAAGGCCACCAUUCGAAGAUAUUGAUACGAUUAUCCAGUAUUGUGCCUCCACACAUUGGUCCGAGCGUAAAGAUGGCCUCAUUAGUCUUACACAUUACCUCGCUGACGGCAAAGAGUUGACACCGCAACAAUUGCAGUUGGUUCUUGACACGUUCCGUAAAAUGUUUAUGGACACACACACCAAAGUCUACUCGCUUUUCCUGGAGACGGUCACCGAACUUAUAUUGGCUUACGCCAACGACCUUCAUGACUGGCUGUUUAUACUGUUGACACGUCUCUUCAAUAAACUUGGCACAGAGUUGUUGAACUCAAUGCAUGGAAAAAUCUGGAAAACUUUACAAGUAGUUCAUGAAUACUUUCCAACCGAUCUCCAAAUGAAAGACGUCUUCCGCAUCUUGUCUGAUUCUGCACAGACACCUUGUACAAAGACACGUAUUGCAAUACUCAAAUUUCUUACAAGCUUGGCCAACACGUAUUGCAAAAAUACAGAUUUUCCUGGUGCUGAAGAAGGCAUUGUUUUACCUAUAGUCGAAAAAACACUUUUAAAAAUCGUUCAAAUGGCAGGAGACCAGAAAAGCCUCGAACUGCGGAAUCAGGCACGUCACUGCCUCAUAGCAUUAUACAAUCUAAAUACACCCCAGAUGACUAAAGUGUUGUCGACCCUACCUAAAGGAUAUCAGGACUCUGCUAAGGUUUGCAUACAGUCUCACUUGCGUCGCAGCAGCACAUCGGGCACAAAUUCACCCUCAUCUUCUCCACUGUCAAGCUCCAGUCCAAAACCUUUGCAAAGUCCCAAUGUCGGUGGGCCAUUUUCAUCACUUCAACCCCAAUUCACAAGUCCUCGUUCACGCCAAUCUUCAGUCACUGAUAACGAUUUGAUGCUCGGCUACUCGGAGGUUGAUGUUCAACAGAACAUUCAAAAAACGACUGAGGAAAUACGCAAUUGCUUUGGCGGCAUAGAAAACCAGUAUAACUCUUUGGCCAAUAACUCAAAUGGUGGUGGCUACAACGGCCAUUUAAGUGAAGCCCUCGAUUCAUGUGCCUCUUCGAACUCGAAGACUCAGUCGGCCACAACAACUGAAUCAAACACACCAGAAAGCACAACAAUGCGCUUAGAUGGUAAUUUAUUGGAGCAACAUCACAAAAUGACAGCCAGUACGCUUGGUUCCGGUAUGGGGCAAACCAACUCAUCUUCAUCGUCUGGAGUAAAUCUUAAAUUUUCCGAUAAUGGCGAAAUUAUCCUCGAAAAUGGCACCCAUGAGAGUGAGAUCAUUAAAGUGGCACUGAAUCUUACACCUGACAUGGCCGUACCUCAGGUUCAGGGCGCUCUCGUCAAUCUGGGCAUAUGUAUAAAAAGCGGCAACUGUGAACUACCCAAUAAGCACUUCCGCGCCAUCAUGAAAAUGCUACUAAACAUGCUUGAUGCCAGCUCAAAUGAGGUAGUCGUGGAGGCUCUCCAUGUGCUCUCCAAAAUUCUCCGGCGGGCGCAAAUGAAACCCAAUUGGAUUAAUUUUGUCGAACUGAUAUUGCUAAAGAUCAUCAACUGCUAUCCAAAGAGCAAGGAAACAAUGCGCGAACUGGACAUGCUAAUACCUCGAAUUGUACCAGCUCUGCCUCUAAACUUGACUAUUAACAUAGUGAAUCCUGUGAUUGCAACGGGCUCGUAUCCAGUGAACCUGUGUGCCUUGAAAUUGCUAACCGAAUUGGCCGACCGCCACGGUUCAGAGUUGACCGAGUCACAGCUCGAUAUAGUAUUUCCCCAUUUGGCACGACUUACAGACGAUUAUCAGUCGAUGGUGCGAAAAGCAGCAGUCUUUUGUAUUGUCAAAUUGUACAUUGUUAUGGGCGAGGAGAAGGUCAAGCCAAAGCUGACUAUGCUAAAUCCCAGCAAAGUUCGCCUUCUGAAUGUAUACAUUGAGAAGCAACGCGGAGUGUCUAGCGGUGGAGGAAGUUCAACAAAAAAUUCAUCAGCAUCAUCUUCAUGAUUGCCGUUGGCGGUUAAGAAACAUCAGCAGAUGGAAUUAAGCGAUGUUAAAUAUUAAGUUGUAGUCCGUUUCUCUGGGUGGUAGAUUGGGAUUGAGAAUAUUCUUAAAAUCUAGCAUUUGGUUGUAUGAACGAAAUGUGUGCGUUUUUUCGUAUGCCUGUCUAUUGUUAUGCUUGCGAAUGACGGUUAAUAUAAACGUGACAAAACAAAACAAAAUACCUAUCAUGCCAUUCAAGUAUUUCGAUAUUCUUUAAACUGAAUAACAUUGUGUUUGAACGUAACACUCCAAAUUAGAUUUACCUCAUUAGUGCGAGCGCGCUUUUGUUAUCCUUAACGUAACAAAAAUGAAACGAAAUGUUUUUUUUUUUUUUGUUUUAAACCAUCACCACUCCACCUUCAGCGAACAAAAGUCAAUGAUAUUUGCUUCAGCCUUAUAAACUUAAAAUAUACAACUUAUACAUAAUACACAUACAGAUGCAUAAGUAAGAUUACAAAUAUCACUGACCCAUGAUCAAUCACCACCACAACAUUAUUUACGCCUAUUGUCGAUUAAAUGCAUUUCUGUUGAUUUCCUACUUGUCCUUAUUUUAUUUAAUUAACUUUUUAUUAAAUUUCCCGUUUUUACCAUCACAACUACAUGCAAACGAUAUAAUCUUAAGUCUUAACGUCAUUUAUGUUUAAAAACGUGUACGCUUUUCCUCAUAUUUUUUGCUUUAAAAUUCGACACCAAUCUACUCGAAACGUAUCCAUAUGGUUACAACAACAAUUAAAUUUAAAUAAUUAUAAUAAGAUAACUUGAAACUAAUAGAAACUCAAACAUUUGUAAUUAAUUACCAAUAAUUUUUUUAUUAUUUUAAUAUUUUUUAUUAUUACACUUUUAUUUUUCUUAUUUUUUGUUUUAUUUAAUCUUAAGUUAUAUAAAUACAUACAUAUUUUUAAUGGUAAAUAAUAACAAACUAAAUUUAAAAAUAAUAUUUAUAAUAUAACAAAAACAAUAACUAAUAUUUAUCAUUAAAAUAAAAUAGAAAUCCUUUCGAAAGAAAAAAAAACACAAACACACAAUUUUGACUAGUUUAUCGUUAAAAAACUUCAAGACUUGUGAUGACUAUUGGUGAAAUAAAAAUAAAAAAUGAUAUUUAAAGAAGCGAAUCUAAACACAAUUAAAAAUAAGUUUUCAACACAAGUCUCCAGACUAUUAUUAUGUUAGAUUUGUAUGAGUUGAAUUAAAUAAAUUCGCUUAAAAUUUGUUCACAGGGCUUUGCUUUUGCCUUUCUACAAUCAAAUUUAUAAUAAAAAUGCUAACUUUACCUUUUUAUAAAUCUAAAAACAGGUAGGAUAAAUUCAAAGCAGCUCUGACACUUCAAAAUAUUCGGUUUUAUAAAAAUAAUUUUCGCUGUUGUAAAGUUUUUGAGUAAAUUUUGACUUUUGAAAUAAACAGAAUCUGAAGAAAUGAAUGAUCGAUCAAAAUAAUACCCACAAAAUUGAAACAGAAUGUGUUAUGAGCUAAAAUUCUACUUGAGUUAUUAAAUUUAAUGUAAUAAAAAAACAUAUGAAAGAAGUGUGUAUAUAUGAUCAGAUUCUUCUCUAAAUUAUCAGGAGCUUUUUUUUCAAAUGUCCCUAAAUCAAUGUUCGAAAUAAAAAUGAUUUUAUUUUAUUCUAAUUGUCUGCGGAGGUCUUCUACGUAAUUUAAAUGCAUAUUAGAAGAAUUCAAAAUUAUCAGAAUAAUUUAUUUAAAUUAAUUAAUUAUUUUUUACGUAUCUGAAAUAAAGAUCAGCAUAAUAAAGUAUUUAAAUAAACCAUAAAAAAUUAAAAGAUUCAAAUCAGUAAAUUAUGGUUUAACAUAAAAAUGUUCUUUUUAUUAUUUAAUAUAGCUUAGAAUUAUUGAUUUUUUUCGCAUUUAAUUACAUAAUAAACCUCCUGUCCAAAAGAUUCCCCUGCCAAAAAAAUAACAAGAAAUUUAACUUUUGCCCGCCACUUUGUGCAAGAAAUAAAACUUUUUUUUGCUUCAUUAUUAUUUAUUAUUUUAGAAUAGUCAAAUCAAAUACAUUCGAUAUCAGUGAGACACAAAACAAAAACAAAUGUUGAUUUAUCUAAUAUUUUUCUUUUUUAUUAUUUGCGCUAAUUUAUAGCAAACAACAAAAAUAGAAAAAAAGUACCAAAAAAUGUAGAACUGUGGAGAAAAUGAUAAUGAAUGUUUUGUUGUAUGUUAUUUGAAAGUCACAAACAUCAAUUGAUGAUCAAAAUAUUCGUAAUAUGAAUUUAAUUUUUAGCUUAAAUUUACAAUGUUUUGUGUCCUGUAGGCUAGAAGUGCAAAUGCAAUUAUGCAUUAUCUUUUUUUUAUAAAUACAAUAUAAUAAUUACUAUAAUUAUUAAUAAUAUUAAUAUGUUCUCUGCUAAUCAUUGUAUAUGUAAACCUUUAACAAAUUAUAAAUUUAGUAAAACAAAUACAUAUAAACAUAUUUAAAUAAAACAAUGUUUUUAACAGUUAUCUACGACA